UAAUUACACAGUAGUACACAGAGAUGCAAGAAAGGUUACGAUAGGAGUCUGAGCAAGCAAACAUCAAAUCAAUUGAAGAUCUGAAACCCCAUCCCACCGAUCCCAAAAUUCCCAAUUCAGCAAACUCACUCUUCACCAUACUUAACAAACAAACAAACUCCAUAGCCAUGACUCUCAAUCUUCGCCAGAAACAAACAGAAUGCAUCGCACGAAUGCUAAACCUAAACCAACCAAUAAACGCCACCGGAACGAACGAAGAAGCCUACAAGAUCCUAAUCUACGACAAAUUCUGCCAGAACAUCCUCUCGCCGUUAAUUCACGUCAAAGAUCUACGAAAACACGGCGUCACUUUGUACUUCCUCAUCGACAAAGACCGCAAACCCGUUCACGACGUUCCCGCCGUUUACUUCGUUCAACCGAUUCAAUCCAAUGUUCAGCGAAUCAUCGCCGAUGCUUCUCGAUCUCUCUACCAGAGUUUCCACCUCAAUUUCUCCACCUCGAUCCCUCGUCCUCUUCUCGAAGAUCUCGCUUCGGGGACGCUGAGUUCCGAUUCGAUUCAUCGUGUUUCGAAGGUUCAUGAUCAGUAUCUUGAGUUUGUUACUCUGGAGGAUAAUUUGUUUUCGUUGGCGCAGAAAUCUUGUUUCCUUCAGCUUAAUGAUCCGUCUGCUGGUGACCGGGAGAUUGAGGAUAUUGUGGAGAAGGUUGUUUCGGGGUUGUUUUGUGUUUUGGCGACUCUUGGUGUUGUGCCGGUUAUUCGGUGUCCUCGCGGUGGACCGGGGGAGAUGGUUGCUACUGCGUUGGAUCAGCGGAUUCGGGAUCAUUUGUUGUCGAAGAAUAAUUUGUUUACUGAGGGUGGGAAUUUUGUUAGCUCUUUUCAGCGUCCGGUUUUGUGUAUCUUUGACAGGAAUUUUGAGCUUCCGGUGGCGAUUCAGCAUGAUUUUAGGUAUCGGCCGUUGGUUCAUGAUGUUUUGGGGUUGAAGUUGAAUAGAUUGAGUGUUCAAGGGGAGAAAGGUGGGAUGCGGUCUUAUGAGUUGGAUAGUGCGGAUCCGUUUUGGGUUGCUAAUGGGGGGCUGGAGUUCCCUGAGGUUGCGGUGGAGAUUGAGACUCAGCUGAAUAAGUAUAAGAAUGAUGUCGAUGAGGUGAAUAAGAGGACCGGAGGAAAUCACGGUGCUGAGUUUGAUGGGACGGAUUUGAUUGGUAACACAAAGCAUUUGAUGAAUGCUGUGAACUCGUUGCCCGAGCUUACUGAGAGGAAGCAGGUGAUUGAUAAGCAUACUAACAUUGCUACUGUGUUGUUGGGUGAGAUCAAAGAGAGGUCUCUUGAUUCUUAUGCUAAGAAGGAGAAUGACAUGAUGGUUAGAGGGGGCAUUGAGCGGAGUGAACUUCUCAGUGUGCUCAGAGGGAAGGGAACUAAGAUGGAUAAGCUUCGAUUUGCAAUCAUGUAUCUUAUUUCAUCGGAAACCAUUAAUCAGCCUGAAGUGGAAGCUGUGGAAACGGCGCUGAAAGAGUCUGAGGUUGAUAUUGCUGCUUUUCAGUACGUGAAAAAGAUUAAAUCUCUUAAUGUUUCAUUCGCAUCUGCGAAUUCUGCUAGUAGAAGUAAUAUUGUUGACUGGGCGGAGAAACUCUAUGGACAAUCAAUAAGUGCGGUGACUGCCGGUGUCAAAAAUCUUUUAUCUAGUGACAGGCAGCUAGCAUUGGCGAGGACUGUUGAAGCCUUGAUUGAAGGAAGACCAAAUCCUGAAACAGAUGUAUACCUAGCAUUCGAUCCUCGUGCUCCUAAGUCCAGUGCUGGAACAAGUGGCAGCCAUUUGAAAGGACCAUUUAAGGAAGCAAUUGUGUUCAUGAUUGGUGGUGGUAAUUAUGUUGAAUAUUGUAGUCUGCAAGAGCUUGCACAAAAUCAGCAACCUCCUAAGCAUAUUAUAUAUGGAACAACUGAACUUUUAACUGGAGUGGACUUUGUAGAGCAGCUUACAUUGUUGGGGAAGAAGAUGGGUUUGGGUAAUGUUGCUCCUACCCCAGCUCAGUAGUUAAGAUGUGAAUGUAUCUGCAAUUCAGCUUGCCAAACUAUUCUUUAGUAUACAGAAGAACACUCUCAGACAUUGUGAGGUUAAACAGAAAAGUCAAUCUGCCUUUGUUAUUCAUUGUCUAAAAAUGUUGAAGAAUUUUGUGUUUUACAGGGCCUUCAUGAUUAUAAAUCAAGGCAACUGCUUCUUUGUAGUUGUUUUUGGUGUAGAAUAUUCAAUUAUGCUUUAUCUUCAUUGUAGUGAAAAGUUUUUUAUUAACAAGUACAACAGGCCUUUGAUACUUUGUUUUCACUCUACAAGUGAGACGUUUUCGUUGGAAAUUAUAAUGUAUUAAUUCAAGCAAGCGUCUAAUUGGACACAUUUUGCUGUUCUUCCUGUCAUUCUUGUAGCAUCCUGUUUAGAUUGAUCUGUUUACCAUUGAUCUAUUUAGCAUCCAGGAUAGU